AUGCCAAGGUUGAAUGAAACUGACAGAUGCCGCGCCGUAGGCAUGAUCGAAGCUGGUGUACGUCAUACUGACGUUGCCAUACAGUUUGGUGUGCACCGAAAUACUGUAGACGCCUUGUGCAGACGGUACCAACAGUUUGGGACCACCAGAGACCGGCCUCGGUCAGGACGUCCACGCAUAACGUCUAAUCGCCAGGAUACGUACAUCCGGGUGGUUCAUCUCCGUGAACGACUCAGAACUGCUACUCUGACGGCUAGAAAUAUUCCUGGCCUUAGAAGAAUUAGUCCCCGAACGGUACGUAAUCGAUUGCGUGAACGAGGCAUACGUCCACGACGUCCAGCCAUACGUCCUGUUCUCCAGCAACGUCAUCGUGUAGCACGUUUUGCCUGA